AUGAGAGAGAUGGACGAGAUGCGGUCAACUUAUGUGUCACCCUACGAGCCCAGUGGUGACUGGAGCUUUGACAAUGAGGGUUAUGCGUGGGAGAGUAAGAAAAAUUCAUCACAUAAAUCUUCGUCAAUCUACAGUUUCAGCCAAUCAGAGCUUAAAAGACAACGUCGAGUGGCCAAAUACAAGUCCUAUGUUGUUGAAGCCAAAUUUAAAUCUGCUUUAAAGAAAGGGGUACGUUGGUUCAAGAACAAAUAUUCUACGCUUGUAUAUGCGUAG